AUGUCUGUUCAUGUGCAGGCUGCUUUUGUCCUUUGCCGUAUUUUGGUGACAUCUCGUAGUGGAAAUAGAAUAUCAGAUCAUGGUUUAAGUUCUUAUGCUGAACAAAGUGCUUGCACUGUUCGUCACAUUGGAAUUCAGCAUGAUGGAUUUCAUGCUCCCAGUAGUAGUGAAAAUGAGGUGCAUGGUGACACUUCUGUGCCCAGGAAAAAUGAGAUGUCAAAAUAUCCGAGGCUGGACCCUGAGCUAGAUGAUCGAGUCAUGACAAGGCCUGUUUCUGUCUCAAGAAUUCAGUCUAAUGAACGGGUGCCAGCAUCUGUGCUUGGUGGUAGGAAUCCAAUUGAUAAUUUUGCGGCCAAGCACUUACAUUCCAUUAUGGAGGGUGAUUUUAUAGAGUUGGAUGAUCUCAUCGAUUGA